ACCCAUAUAUCAAUUACUCCCAACUUUCUCUCCAAAACUUGAAGCAUAUAUAAUUAAGUAAGCAUGGGUGCCAGUGGAGGUGGAAAGUUCAUUGUGAGUGUGAGGAAGAGAGAGGUGGUGGCUGCAGUGCUUCCAUUGCAAGAGCAUUGGCUGCCACUAUCCAACCUAGACUUGCUUCUUCCCCCUGUCGACGUGGGUGUGUUUUUCUGUUACAAGAACCCUACCAACCUGACGUUUGAAUCCAUGGCCGGGGCUCUGAAGAAGGCCUUGGCCCAAGUUCUGGUAUCCCAUUAUGCGUUUGCCAGUGAGGUGGUCCAAAACUCUGUUGGUGAACCUGAGCUUCUCUGCAACAACCGUGGGGUAGACUUUGUCGAAGCUUUUGCAGAGGUUGACCUUAAAGACCUCAACUUGUAUAACCCUGACGACACCGUCGAAGGCAAACUUGUGCCGGAGAAGAAGCACGGAAUCUUCGCUGUCCAGGCUACUGAGCUCAGAUGUGGUGGGCUGGUGGUGGCGUGCACGUUUGACCACCGAGUAGCAGACGCCUACUCGGCCAACAUGUUUCUUGUCUCAUGGGCUGAGAUGGCUCAGUCUAAACCAAUCUCUACUCGACCAUCUUUCCGUCGAUCUUUACUCAACCCUCGACGCCCCGGGUCCAUUCAUCCCUCCUUGGACGAUAUGUACGUCCCCGUAAACAAACUGCCUCCUCCCAAAGAUCCACAACCUGAUUCCGAUUAUCUCAUCAGCCGCAUAUACUACAUUACGGCCGAACAACUCAGCCGGCUCCAAUCACUAUCCAGCACCAAGGGGUGCCGGAGGACCAAACUAGAGUCUUUCUGUGCAUUAUUGUGGAAGAUGGUUGCCAAGUGGGCUAUUACUAAAAAUGUAGACAAAAAGAUAACCAAGAUGGGCGUUGUUGUUGACGGAAGGACAAGGUUGACUGAUGAUGGAGAUGAACAUAAAGCUUUACUCAUGGGUUCUUACUUUGGAAAUGUGCUCUCCAUACCCUACGGUGCCAAGCAAGUGGACGAGCUUAAUGAAGAACCAUUGGACAGGGUAGCAGAUGAAGUUCAUGAAUUCUUGGAAGGUGCGGUGACAAAGGAGCAUUUCUUGGGCCUCAUAGAUUGGGUGGAGGCUCAUCGGCCGGUGCCCGGUUUGGCAAAGAUAUAUUGUAGUGGGACUGAAGACGGACCGGCUUUUGUGGUGUCGUCCGGGCAAAGGUUCCCAGUGUGUAAGGUGGAUUUCGGGUGGGGUAUGCCGGGUUUUGGGUCGUACCAUUUUCCAUGGGGAGGGGACGCCGGGUAUGUGAUGCCGAUGCCAAGCCCGACGGGGAACGGAGACUGGGUGGUGUACAUGCACCUCUUGAAAGGGCAGGUGGAGUUGAUUGAGGCUGAGGCUGCCGAUGUCUUUAGACCCUUGACAUCUACUUAUCUCAACUUUGACUAGAAGAGUAUACUACUUAUAUGCUUUGUACAUGCCUACGUCGUUCAGUACCGUAUAUUGCGUGCCCCUUGUUCAGUUUAGAAUGCUAUAAAUGUGGUGUAUUUCAUUUAAUUUGUAGUUGAUCGAACUCAUAUAUUUUGUCAAUCGUGCCGGCCUAUUUAUAUUGAUAACUUAAUUAUGAGUUAUAUAUGAUGAUAAUGAUCUUUUUCAA